GGUCAUAAGCUUAUUACAGAAGCCUUGAUAGCCCCAUCACUAUCCCCAUUCCCAAAUCCCCUCCCUCUCCCUCUCUUCCCAUUUCUAAUUUCUCCACCCCAACAAAAAUAGGCAAAGUCUGCACGCGCGCAGCAGAGAAAUUCAUAUAUGUAUAAAUGAUAUGGAUCGAUCAACAAGAACACUAGCAAAUACAAGCUAGCACGUUCCAAGAUUGGCAUAUAACAUCAGGAAAAUCCCACCCCAAAACCCUCUAAACCCUCCAUUCCCACAACCCCUUUUCUCUUUUUAUCAAAACCUCCCCAGAACAUGAUUAAUCAGAUUGAUUGAUCGAUUACUACUCUAUACGUCUAACAAGAUUCAGCAACAAUGGUUGGACAAUCAAGGAAAUGGAUGAUACUCGUGGCAACAACAUGGAUUCAGGCAUUUACGGGCACGAACUUCGACUUCUCGUCCUACUCCUCCGAAUUGAAAACGGUUCUUGGGAUAUCUCAGGUGCAACUCAACUACCUUUCUGUGGCCUCAGACAUGGGCAAGGCAUUGGGGUGGUGUUCAGGUGUUUCCCUCAUGUAUUUUCCUUUGUGGGCUGUCAUGUUCAUGGCUGCCUUCAUGGGUUUGUUUGGUUAUGGUCUCCAAUGGUUUGUCAUUCAAAGAAUGAUCACCCUGCCCUAUGUUCUGGUAUUCCUUUUGUGUUUGUUGGCAGGAUGUAGCAUCUGCUGGUUCAAUACAGUCUGCUAUGUAUUAUGUAUUCGGCACUUCCAAGCCAACCGGGCACUUGCAUUGUCCCUAACAAUUAGUUUCAAUGGCGUAAGCGCAGCCCUCUACAGCCUCAUUGCCAAUGCAAUAAACCCGGCUGAUGACAACCUCUACCUCUUAUUGAAUGCAGUAGUUCCACUCUUCACAUCUGGUGUUGCACUAAUCCCUCUGCUUCGUCAACCACCUUCAAUGCAGCCACUGUCUCGUGAGGCUACUUAUCGAGACUCCAGGAUUUUUCUUUGCCUGAACAUCCUAGCAGUGGUAACAGGCCUAUAUCUCCUCCUCCUCAACUCACUGUCCUCUAAGAUAUCAAAUGCUCGAAUUCUCUUGGUUGGUGCUAUUUUUCUCCUGAUCUUACCUUUAUGUCUGCCUGGCAUUGCAUAUGCUCGGGAGUGGGCUCGUCGAAACAUGCCCUGGAGCUUCCAGAAUGAUAACUCGUCAAACUUCAAUCUGGCCAACCCUGAUGAUCUUGAGCUCCAUAAGGAACUCAUUGCUGAAAAUGAAAGUGGAAAUGUGGUGAAUGCCACUUCUUAUGGGAUGGUAGACAAGCAAGGUUGUUUAUGGUGUUUUGGGAAGGUGAUGGAGAAAGACAGGUUGACAGUGCUAGGGGAGGAACACUCUGCUCGGUUGCUCAUACGCCGGUGGGAUUUUUGGCUAUACUAUGCUGCAUAUUUUUGUGGCGGAACUAUUGGAUUGGUCUAUAGCAACAAUCUUGGGCAGAUUUGUGAAUCACUUGGAUACGGUACCAAGACCAGUUCUCUUGUCACACUAUACUCUUCAUGCUCCUUCUUUGGUCGUUUACUAGCAGCUUCCCCGGAUUUCCUGCGCGAUAAGUUAUACUUUGCAAGGACUGGGUGGCUUGCAGUUGCGCUGGUACCAACACCAAUCGCCUUCCUCCUGCUUACUCUAUCAGGCAGUGAAGCAAUGUUGCGUGCCGGAACAGGCUUGAUCGGGAUAAGCUCUGGGUUUGUGUUUUCUGCAGCGGUGUCAGUAACAUCAGAGCUUUUUGGGCCAAACAGCGCGGGUGUAAACCACAACAUCCUCAUCACCAACAUCCCUAUUGGCUCACUCCUCUAUGGCCUUCUUGCAGCUUUGGUGUAUGAUUCCAACGAAGGAAGCUCACAAAUUCGGGAGAACUUUUUAAAAGAAGCAACAUUGUGCAUGGGUAGGUCAUGCUACAGGCAGACAUUCAUAUGGUGGGGCUGUAUUUCAGUUGUAGGGUUAGCAUCAAGCGUCUUGUUAUUCCUACGGACCAGAGCUGCUUACAAUCGUUUUGAGAGGAACAGAUGUCGAACAGAGUCCUCCUCUUAGCUUUAGAUUCAAAUUUUGGUGGUAGAGGUUUGCUAAAUGCUUAUAGAUGUGUGUGCAUCUCAAAGACAUUUAACAAUAUGACAACAUAGAAAUCGAUAUAAGUGUAUCUUGUUUUUUGACACAAAAGAAGUGAUUCAUGUGACAUUGUACAUGUUAUGUACCCAAAAAAAAAAAACAUUGUACAUGUUAAGAUAACAGAGAAAAAGUCACAGUUCUGUAGAAAAGUUUUAGAAA